ACCAUUUUCGGAAGGAUCAAGGUUGUUUGAACUGAAUGUUAUCUUCAUGUCUGUAUUUAUGCGAGCAAAAUCGGUGGGUCUCAACGGCUCAAACUUGUGGGAGGGCUCGGAGGAAAAUUCCAGCUUUGGUUUUGUGUAAAACCACGAAGCCGCCGUGCUUCGCAUGCACCGUCGUCCAUCAAUAGCCAAGAGACGACGAGAGAGCCAAGUAGAUAGAAGAACAACUACGAACUGAGUCUAUCUAUCUUUUGUCUGUCUUGUUGUUGCUGUUGUUGUAGUUGUGGCUGGUUGGUGAAUGAGAGCAGCAACGGCUUACGACGACGACGACGACAAGUGUAUAAGCAAGCAGCAGGACUUGGUGGUGGUUGCGUUGCUGUUUCAUCGUUGUGUGUGGUGGCGGUGGUGAAGAUUGUAGAAGUGUAGAAGUAGCAAGUUAGUUGUCAUUGACGGACUGGACCGACUGCCAAAGGGCCAAGCCAACACGACAAUUCAUACAGUACUGUAGUGGAGUUCUCUCUUGGGUCUUGUGCUGUUGGUGGAGCUCCCAGGAGAAUCGAAUCUAUCUAUCUGUCGAAAACAAGCUAUUCCCACAAAUCACAUCAAACCUACAACUGCAGUACAAGCACCAAUCAACUCAAUCAACACUAGCUCAGCUCAGUUUCAUCCACCAGUCAAGUGAAUCGAAUCAAUCUGCAGUUGGCUUAUUCUGUCUCUCUCCUCAAUCAAUUCAACCUCAAGAAUCCUUCUCCAUUCGACAUUCGAACUUUUUAUCAACCAAUCUACUGAAUCUACUGUACAUCAUCUAUCGGUUCACCAUGGGCAACACAUCCUCUCUAACGUCUGCCUUUCAAACGGGCACAACUAGCAAAGGAGCCGGCUGUGUCUCUUCUGGCUCCUCUGGCAAAAAGAGUAAAGGCAGCAAGACCAGUGCCGCACAAGCUGCCGAAUCUGCCACGGAACGAGCCAAAAAAGUCUUUGGAGAUGUCCACGAAAGCCUCAAAAUCAGUGUCAAGAAGCUAGAAGAACAGGAUCAUCCCGCCGCACACUUGAUUGACACGGUCUGUGGACCCUACUUUGACACUCAAGGAGGAAGCAAUCAUCGACACAAUCGAAAAAUGAGAGAAAACCGAUCCGCUUCCUUUUACAGUGAAGACUACAACUCGGAUGAUUCCAGAACCAUUUCAGAAGAUGAACAAACACUCGACACGGAUUACAAUGCUUCCACUGUCAAUGGAUCCACCGUAGCCAGUUCCACGGCACCCAACAAGAAAACAAAGGAAAUACACACCGAUUCCUCCUAUCUAUCCCAAUCCGACUAUGAGUCCAGUGAAGUUGGACGCAGCAGUCGCCAUCGCAGUAGUAAAAGCAAACGAAGACGGAACAAGGAAGACGAUCCUUCCUCAACGACAGGACAAUCGGAAGAUGACGAUUCCAAAACUAUGGAUACCAGUAUUAGUAUGGGACAAGGACCCCAACAGUUACUCUCCAAGCCACUCGCCAGUAGUUUUGCCAAACGAUGUUACUUUACCAAGGCGGGCAUUGGCAAGAACACUCAACAUUACGAAGGAUUGACGCUCACGGGGAAUGUCGUACUCAUGCUGGCGGCUGCCAUGAAACUCAAGGGAUGUCCCACCAUUUGCGAUGAAGACUUGAGGAGGGUCGAACAGACGUAUCCCAACCAAUUCAGUCGAUUGCCCGAUGAGUUAUUGCUCUCGAGUGGAUGGAGACGCAUCUCCAAGUAUUGUCACUUUUCCAACAAACCAGUUCCAGAUGGGAUUCCGUUCUUUCACUCCAAACAACGAAUCCAUCCACAAGGAGGCUACUAUUUUCUUCUGGCGGCGGCUGUUGGAAUGGUACGACCCAUUGAUGUCGAACCAUUGACACGCGACACUCUGGUCCUGCUCGAAACCGAUUAUCCUACACAAUGCGAUGCCGCUCCGGAAGUACUCAUUCAAGAUCCCGAGGAAUGGACGUUGGUGGACAAAUUCUGCUUCUUUUCCGGUGGACCCAUCAAUACCGAAGAAGAUGUCUUUUAUCAAGCCGAUUUUGAUGGAAAUCCCAUUUACAUGCUCGCAUUCUUGUCGCCCAGUUUGACACCCGAAGAACUAUACAAGCUGGAAGCAGAGUCGGAAGAUGCCGAAGGCAACCCAAUCCCUGGAUUGACCAGUGUGGUGGCAGUACAAGAUGUCGAAUCCGUGUACGAUUUGACCGAGCGAGAUUUCCAUGACUUGAAAUUGUAUCACUUGGGUCCUUGUCGGGCAUUGCCACAAUACAUUCUGCAGCCUCAAGCAUGGACCAAGGUACUACCUCCACACUUUUUGGAAGCUCGUCAUCGUGCUGUUCUACUGGCACAAGAGUACGAAAUGGCAAACGGUGGACCAGUCACGCCAGUGGCAAGAGAUCCCAUGGCACCACCGGCACAACAGUUGAUGGUCGGGGCGACGCCAUUGGAUCGAUAUGAUCAGCACCAGCCACCUCCGCCGCCGCAACAACCGCCGUAUACUAUGCAUGGAGCGGACCCCAACCAGAAUCCUCCUUAUGAUGAGCACGCAGCGGUGGGUGUACCGCCACCGCCGCAUCACCCACAUCAUCAUCCGUACAGUACAAAUCCACAUCACAAUCCUCCUCCGCCGCCACCACACACUCCAGGCGGUCCGGAGGAUGCUGGAUAUUUCAUGUCACCGAGGCCACCUGUUGGGCCACCAGACCAUCAUCAUUAUGCAGGCGGACCACAACCGUCGCCGCAACCAGGAUUUUCCUCUGAGUACGACAUGGCGGCGGCGCAACACAAUUCGGCGUCCAUGGCCGACCCUCACAUGUCACCCUACCCGCAUCAUCUUCACCACCCUCACCACGGAGGAACGCCGCCCCCUCAUCCUCAUCAAUCACCCUAUCCCGAUUCACAACAAAAUGGUCAUCACUACCAGCAGCCGCCAUCACCGCAACAACCGCCAUAUCAUCAAAACUCUCCAUCGCAUUACUCACAAGGGUCUCCUCAGACACCCAUUGACCCCGUACAGCAGUAUCAGGCUCAUCAACAAGAGGACGAGCAAAGUCACCAUUCGCCCACUGUGACAUUGGAACCAGAUGAUGACACGCAGAUGGCGCCAAUGGAUGAAGCAAUGGACACGCCACGAAAGGCAGGUCCCCCAGGAUCUAACCUUCAUCAUCAGGGAAUGGAUCCACCCGAGCACUUGCCGCAGGAACCGGAGCCAGACGAUAGCGUGGCAGUGAGCGAGGGAACGAGUCAGAAUCCCAACUCGGCGAGUUAUUAUUCUCAUCCAGAUGCCCUGGAAGACUCGAACGCCGAGAGCCAGUAUUCUCCAGAAGCUCGCAGUCCUUCUCGCCAUGAUGCACCUUCUUUUGGUUCGCCCGACUAUAGUAUUCCAGCUUCUCCUCCAGACUAUGGUACUCCAGCUUCUCCUAAUGACUAUGCUGGCACACCUGUGAGUCCUCCCAAUGAAUAUGAUGACACACCUGUGAGUCCUCCCAACGAGUAUGGAACGCCUGGCACACCAGUGGAUGCCGCUCCACAGUACUCUUAUUCGGUCUCACCCGGAAAGGAAGAGGAUGAGUACUAUCAAGAUCAUCACCCAGAACAAUCGAGAGAUGAUCAAUACUAUGAUACACCAGAGGUAAUGACUCCUGAUGGCCUCAAAGAGCAACCUGGCAGUCAAGAUCACGAAUUUUUCAAUGCUCCUUCGGUUGGAGAAGAGGAAGAUGAUUACGAACCAGCAUCCUCGUCCUUUGAUCCUUCGGGGCACAUUGGGCGCCAUCCCGACGAUUAUCCACCAGAUGACUACCAGCAUGCCAAUCCCGGUAGCCCAGGAUACUACGACGACGAAGAAGGCCAUUCGAGGCUUGAGGUUCAGGAAUCUUCCAGUGCCGAGUACUUUCGCGGACACGAAGAUGACAGUCCCUCGCCGAUCAAGAUUGAUCACCUGCGUCGCUUGGGUCGCAAGAAGGGUGGCGCCCCUCACAAUGGCAAUGUCAGCGUGACAAGUCCAUCGAGUCAAGCCAGCAGUCAAAACUCCGUCAGUGAAUAUUCUCAUUCCUCUGCCAUGAGAGGUGCUCAAGAGCUGUUGAAAAGAAAUCGUCAAAGGAGACAUGAACAAGCUCGAAGGCGGCUGAAUGCCAGCAAUAACGAAAUUCGUACAAACAACUCGGUCGAAACAGAAGGAAGUCCUGCCAAGUCCCCACCCCACUAUGCGUUUUCGCCGGAUAAUGGAUAUCAUAGAAACCAUAGUGGAAACCGCGGCGGUCCACGUGGAGACGACGGUAGCGCGUCAACGUGGGAGUCUGGCAAUUCCGAGGCUUUGACUUCGGUGAUUUCCGGGUCCUCUGUUUGGACUGACAACUCUUCCAAUCCAGCCGAUCGGAGCUCACGGCGUGCUCUAAUUCUUCAAAUGGCCAAGGCCAGAAUGAAGAGCAACAAGGACCGUGAUCCAGCCGAGAAGACCAUCAAGGAAGAAAAGUCGAAUUCCCUCGACGAUCAUGACGACUACGAUGAUCACAGCGACAUGCGGCAUCCAGGGUUAACUGAUGCACCAACUUCUUCCGCCACAGAUCUGGACAUUGCUGCGGACCUGGAUUAGGUGUGAAGCGAAUGAAUGGCUGGUCAGACAUGGCAAAGGUGCUUGUGGCUACGUUUGUGUGAAGAAUCAGGCGCAACAAAACGUUGUUGCUGCCUUGGACCCUAGACUGCUGUUAUUUGGAAGAGUAUGUUAUUUCUGUAAACUUUAGACUGCACACUGUAGUUAUUCCAUUGCUUUUCAAAGGAACCGUUGUUGGGUUGGGGUUCAUAUAGCAUUCCGGUUGCUGUACAUGCUAGCUAGAAUUGGGUCUCAAAAAAUCGCUUGCCGUCCUUGGUUGCUUGCUUUCUGCGCCUGGGAAAGAGGCUUGUAGCUCAUGGAGUAAAUCCGCCCGAGCCACUCGGCUGUGGUUGGUUAGUUGGCCAGGUGUCAGUCCGCACAGGUGUCUUUCGCUUCAUCCGUCACUCGCGGACUGACUUUUGGCGCAGUGGCUUUGCCAUCAAUAAUUUAUUUCCCUACUCUAAAAACCCCGUUAUAUUCCAGAGAACAAGAGAAGCUUGCUUUCAGCCCAGGACUUUCCUUCAGGAUGGAGAGAAGCGUGGCCGAUGCCGCCCACCGCUCAACUGGCGGUGGUACAUGUACGUCAACAACUGGUUUUGGUGCAAAUGCAUGUAUGUCCAAUCAAAAACCCAGCCUUUCACUAGUGGGUUCUUUUGUUCUUUUUUAAUGAUAGUUAAAUCUAUCUGGCUAGCUCUCUCUAGCUAGACGUCUAGCUAGUAUCACCAGAUUAACUUAAAAAUUACAGAGGCCCCGAGGGGAUUACGUUGCAUCUACUAGUAAGAGUAGAUUUGGCUAGCUACCAAUCUAGCUCCCAGCCACGUGUUGUUGCUUGAUUUGCUAUGGUUGUUGCCUGGGUGGUGUUGUAGACCUACAAUGAUACAUUCUUUGUCGCAGUUAGAAUUAACAUUAGCAGUACUGCUUGUCAUGAGGUCGCUAGCUAGCAUGUCAAAAAUGGUUAUGAAUGUGCAAAUGUUGGGCAGCAGCAGCAACAGCAACUUUUGGCCAGUGCCCAGCUGUGGCUUUCGUGCAUGUUGGCAAGCCAGGAAGCAAUGGCAAGCACUCGUCAGGAGGGUCGAGUCCGUCAAAGUUCACUUGCUCGUUUGCCUGCCUCAUGCAACUGGCGCGUGUGCGGAUCCCUUAUCAUCAGCAUCGUCACCGUCGGACGUUAGAACAAUUGCUGAAGCAAUCCCCAACUGCAUCAGACCGUCCAGUAACCUCAUCACAGAGACAUAGUCACCCAUCCUGUGAAAGUGCGAGGCUAGUCUGCGCACCACAUGGGUAAUGGCUUCACUGCAGUUGAAUUGCCUUGCUUGAUGGAUCAUGCCCAACAGUUGCA